GGGUCCAUGAUUCGUAAACAUAUUUCUUCAGGUUUGAGACUUCGAUAUUUGACGUUUUUUUUGGAAUAAUUGUGUUUUCCUUACUUUACUAAAGUAAUGGGCAGUGAUGGCUACAUUGGAAGAUAAAAUUUUGGGCGAAAAGCGCGAAUAUUACUGCAGUAGCUCUAGCGAUGAUGAAAAUGAUUCGACUGAGUUAGGUAAACAGCAAAAAAGCCAACCCAACUUUGGGGAUAACGUACUGCAUAAUUCUGUAAAAGCGAAUGAAUGGAAAGGCGUAUCUAGCAACACUGGACCGAAAGGUGUAAUACGGGAUUGGCAAACAUUCAAACAACUAGAAGAGGAAAAGGGAACUGAAAAUGAAGCGAUGCGACAAGAAAUUAUACAGAGAGCUAGUAUGACUUGCCAAAGUGUAUUGGAUGAGGAGAAAAAGAAACUUUUAGAAACUGAUCCAGAACUUUUAGAGUUGUUGGCAGAUGAAUAUUUGCUGGAAUAUCAAAAGCAGAGGGUGGCAGACAUGUUAGAUAAAGUAAAAAAACUUCGUUUUGGUAGUGUCUUGGAUUUGAGAAAUACAGAGGAAUUCCUGAAUACCAUUGAUAAUGAGGACAAGUCCGUUACUGUUAUUAUUCAUAUUUAUGAGAAAAACAUUCCAGGAUGUGAUGCUAUGAAUGGAUGCUUAAUAACUUUGGCGAAAGAAUAUCCUUUUGUUAAAUUUUGCAAAAUCUUGGGGUCUGCUGUGAACGUCAGUAAACACUUUAGAAAAGAAGGAAUACCAGCUUUACUUGUGUAUAAAAAUGAGCAAGUGAUAGGUAAUUUUAUCCAUGUCACGGACAAUUUAGGUGAAGACUUUUAUUCCACUGAUGUAGAAACAUUUCUAGUAGAGCAUGGAUUACUUAAUGGCAAGAAAUGUACUCCUGCCAUUAUUUCUUAUAAUCAAGUCGAUGUAUCUGAUAGCGAAUAAAGAAUUUGAAAUAAGA